AUGCGAGAUACUGACGAUCCAGCUCCACCACCGUGCACUGUUGCUCUUUGUUGUGGCAAGGAUUCUUUCGCUCCUUGUGAUGAUAAUGGUGCUACUAAUUAUUGUCAUAGUGAUACUAUUGAUGGUGUUCAGAUGUACGGUUAUAUUGAUCCCGAUUAUGGUAUGAUUACCAGUAGGUAUGAAUGUCCUAUUGAUAACUGUCCAUGUCUGAACGGCGGAACAUGUGGUCCUUAUAAUAUAUGUCAGUGUAAAGGUGAAUGGACUGGUGAAACAUGCUCCGAGUGUUUAUGUGAAAAUGGUGGAACAUGUACCGGUCCCGAUGGUACCUGUGAGUGUACAGGCGGAUGGACUGGGGAAACAUGUACAACUUCAUCACCGUGCAGUGCUGCUCUUUGUUGUGGCACGGAUACUUGUAUUGCUUGUACUAAUAAUGGUACUGCUAGUUAUUGUCAUGGUCGUGAUCUUAAUUAUGAUUAUUCUAUUUAUACUUUUGGUGGUGAUAUUUAUACUUAUGAUGGUAUUUUAAAUACCAAUGGUAAUGUUCGUGAUCCUGAUAAUUAUAUUCAUGUUGGCCCUUCUCCAGGUAAUCUUUUAUAUGCAGUCUAUCUUUGUCCUUAUCGUUGUGCUGAUGGUACGGGUUUUGCUACUCAUGUUGGAACUUGUUAG